CUUCUUUCGUGUGAGUGGUUAUGGUCGCUUUGCGCAGUUAAAGCUGGAGGUAUAAUUUCCAUAGCUGGAAGAUGCAAUGCAGUUUGUGGGCAGAGACUCUGAUGGUGUUGGGCAGUCUGAUCCUCGGAGCUGUUUCAGUUGCUCCCACUGAUAUCAUAGAACUGUCUCCACACAUCCCUGUGGCUAAUAGGGGAGAAAGCACCAUAGCCACUUGUCUAGCAAAAAAUGCAAAACCAGCCACUUCCAUAAAUUGGGAAAGCCCUUUCUAUUUUAGUUUUACUCAGAGUACCACACCUCCUGCUCCUGAUGGGACUGUAAAUGUCUCAAGCACACUCGUCUAUCUCCAACUAGAGAGAUGAAUGGACAGUACGUUUACUGUGUGGUGGAACAUCCAGCACUGAAGACUCCUGAACGAUUGGGUUAUCAGCUAAAUAUUCACUAUGUGCCAUCAGUUGCCAUUACAAUUGUGAAGACUGACCAAGAUAAUUUACAGCUGAAAUGUAAUGCAGAUGCUAAUCCUCCAUCUAUAGGAUUCAGAUGGACAAGAAUGAAUGAUACACACCAAAUAUUCAACAAAGUACAAGACGAUAGCAUACUGAAGGUGCCUAUUUUGACUUCUGACAAUAACAGGCUGUACAUGUGUGAAACCAGCAACAUAAUUGGCUCUGCUAAAAGUUCAAUAUAUCUGCAUCAAUAUGAACUCCAACAACGGCUACACAUUAUGUUUUACAUUAUAAUUGUGCUCCUUGUUACUGUAAUAGCUGCUCUCAGCUUUCUUCUUAUCCGUAAGAAAAUUUGCCUCAACAAGCAAUGAAGUACGGUCGGAUAUGUACUUAUGAAUGCAACAAUUUUACACAUCGCAUCUCUUAACAAAGUUGGAAUUUUUCUGGUGAAAGCCUAAUCAAUGCAAAUGUAAUAACUCAUCUGGCAAGAAACCAACAAAAGCGUUAUACGUAUUGAAAAUAUUAAUAAUAUUUUAUAUAAAUACAAUAUAAAGCAGGAAAAGAAACAAGGACAUGAAAGGGACAGAGUAUAAAAUUAGGAAUUUUGAUUUUUAUGGAGACUGAUGAAGGUAUAUUCCUUUUUCUCCAACCCAAUCAAAAACAGCCUAUUUAAUACAACAUAUGUCUCUGACUCCUGUCAUAUUGCACUUGCGUCUAAAGUCUGUCACUGCUCACUUUAGUUAACUGAGCCAGAGGGUAAACAUGUUGUGCUUGGCUCCUAUCUCUACUGGCUGUGUAAUGGUUAAAAUUUAAUUUGAGUGUUCUUUUGCAUUGUUCGCUUAUUACAGACAGUAUUUAUUGGGAACCUCUUCCGGGCAAAUCCAAAGUAUCAUUCCCUCUCCUGUCUCGUUAUUUACAUCGGGUUUUGAAAUUUCAAUUAAAAUAAUUAUUAUUAUUCAAUUAAAAUACGCCUGAUUCAAAUAAAAUGAAAUCAGUGUUUAAUCCAACGAGUCUACUUAUUUAUAUUCUUCACACACCUUAAUCUAAGAACAUUUGAAAGUCUUUACAAAUUGUAACAUUCUUCUCUCUAAAUUCUGCCAAUCACUAUUACUGUGUAGCAGCACAGCAUAAUCAGACUAGUGUUGUUGGGUAUCUCUGCCACUAGAGGGUCACAUCGUGGAUCGUGAAAUUACCAAAACCUCUUACUUCUUUCGCUUUGCUUUUAAAUGAACUAAUGGGCCUCCAUAUACAGCU